UUUAUAAGACGUAAAAAGUGGUGAAAAGACGCACACAAGUCGUUGUUCUUUUGAUGGUGUCAAUUGUCAUUUGUCAAAAAAGACAAUUGAACAGUAAAUAUUAUUGUGAUAAUCAAAUACAUAAUUUACAAUUUAAUAUAAAAAAAGAGUAACAAAAAGACUGAAUAAUUUUACAACAAACAUUUACUCCAAUAAAAAAUAAUUACAUCUUAAUUUUUUCAAUUAAGAGUACAUGAAAAUGGUUGGAAAAAUGCCACAACGUAAAAUGGUUGUAAAAAAACGUGAUGGACGUGAGGAAGAAGUCCAUUACGAUAAAAUUACAUCAAGAAUCCAAAAAUUGUGUUAUGGAUUGGACAUGGAGCAUCUUGAUCCACCAUCAAUAACAUUCAGAGUUGUUAGUGGAUUGUAUUCUGGUGUAACAACAGUUGAACUUGAUAAUUUAGCUGCUGAAACAGCAGCAACAAUGACAACAGUACAUGCUGAUUAUGCAAUAUUAGCAGCAAGAAUAGCUGUAUCAAAUCUUCACAAAGAAACUAAAAAAUGUUUUAGUGAAGUUAUGAAUGAUCUUCAUAAUAUGGUUGAUCCAAUAACAAAAGUAUCAAUGCCAAUAAUAAGUAAACAUCAUAUUGAUAUUAUUAAAAAACAUGCAAGUCGUUUAGAUUCAGCAAUAAUAUAUGAUCGUGAUUUUAAUUAUAAUUAUUUUGGUUUUAAAACAUUGGAAAAAAGUUAUUUAUUAAAACUACAUGGUAAAGUUGCUGAACGUCCACAACAUAUGUUAAUGAGAGUUGCUGUUGGUAUACAUGAAGAAGAUGUUGAUAGUGCUAUUGAAACAUAUAAUUAUUUAUCAGAAAAAUUUUUUACUCAUGCAUCACCAACACUAUUCUCAGCAUGUACACCAAGACAACAAAUGUCAAGUUGUUUUUUACUAUCAAUGACUGAAGAUAGUAUUAAUGGUAUUUAUGAUACAUUAAAAAGAUGUGCAUUAAUUAGUAAAUCAGCUGGUGGUAUUGGCCUAAGUGUACAUUGUAUAAGAGCUAAAGGUACACGUAUUGCUGGUACAAAUGGUGAAUCAAAUGGUCUUGUACCAAUGUUACGUGUUUAUAAUAAUACAGCACGUUAUGUUGAUCAAGGUGGUAAUAAAAGACCAGGUGCAUUUGCAAUAUAUGUUGAACCAUGGCAUGCUGAUAUAUUUGAAUUUUUAGAUUUACGUAAAAAUACUGGUAAAGAAGAGCAUAGAGCACGUGAAUUAUUUUAUGGACUAUGGAUACCAGAUUUAUUUAUGAAACGUGUAUUAAAUAAUGAUGUAUGGUCAUUAAUGUGUCCACAUGAAUGUCCUGGUUUAGCUGAUUGUUGGGGUGAAAAAUUUGAAGAAUUAUAUUGUAAAUAUGAAGAUGAAAAACGUUAUAAACGUCAAAUACCAGCACGUGAAUUAUGGUCAUCAAUAUUAAUGUCACAAGUUGAAACUGGUACACCAUAUAUGCUAUAUAAAGAUCAUUGUAAUCGUAAAUCAAAUCAAAAAAAUUUAGGUACAAUAUAUAGUAGUAAUUUAUGUACUGAAAUAAUUGAAUAUUCAAGUCCAGAUGAAGUUGCUGUUUGUAAUUUAGCAUCAAUUGCUGUUAAUAUGUUUGUUGAUACAAAUAAAAAAAUAUUUGAUUUUGAAAAAUUAAAAACAGUUGUUAAAAUUGCAACUAAAAAUCUUGAUAAAGUUAUUGAUAUUAAUUAUUAUCCAAUACCAGAAGCUGAACGUUCAAAUCGUAAACACAGACCAAUUGGUAUUGGUGUACAAGGUCUUGCUGAUGCAUUUUUAUUAAUGCGUUAUCCAUUUGACAGUGAAGAAGCACAAAAAUUAAAUAUACAAAUAUUUGAAACACUUUAUUAUGGUGCACUAGAGGCAUCAUGUGAAUUGGCUAAAGAAAAAGGUACAUAUGAAUCAUACACCCACAAUGGUGGUUGUCCAGUUAGUAAGGGAAUAUUGCAGUUUGACAUGUGGAGUGUUAAACCAACAAGUUUAUGGGAUUGGUCAUUGUUGAAAGAGAACAUUGCAAAAUAUGGUGUUAGAAAUUCAUUGUUACUUGCACCAAUGCCAACAGCAUCAACAGCACAAAUACUUGGUAAUAAUGAAUCAAUUGAACCAUACACAAGUAAUAUUUAUUCACGUCGUGUAUUAUCUGGUGAAUUUCAAAUUGUAAAUCCACAUUUAUUGAAGGAUUUAUCUGAUCGUGAUUUAUGGGAUGAUGAUAUGAAAAAUGAAAUAAUUGGUAAUAAUGGAUCAAUACAAAAUAUUGAUCGUAUACCAGAUGAUUUAAAAGCAUUAUAUAAAACCGUAUGGGAAAUAUCACAAAGAACAAUUAUUAAAAUGGCUGCUGAUCGUGGUGCAUUUAUUGAUCAAUCACAAUCAUUAAAUAUACACAUGGCUAAACCAACAACUGAAAAAUUAACAUCAAUGCAUUUUUAUGCUUGGGAAGCUGGUUUAAAAACUGGUAUGUACUAUUUACGUACAAAACCAGCAGCAAAUGCAUUACAAUUUACUGUUGAUAAAACAAGAUUAAGAGCAUCAAGACCAGCUGAUGAAUCAUUAAAUAGAUCAAUUAAUAAUCGUUCAUUAAAUGCAUCAAUUAAUGCAUCAAUGAAUGCAUUGAUGGUUGAUGAAGAUGAUGAAGAUCCAGUACUUGUUUGUUCACGUGAAAAUGGUGAAGCUUGUAUGGCAUGCAGUGGUUAAUUUUUAUUUUUAUAUUUUUUCAUUUAUAAAUUUAUUAUCAAUGUCACAAAUGACUUUAAACUAAAUAAUCAAUUAAUAAAAUUAAAAAACAAUGUAAUUGUAAUUUUCUAAAUAAAUUUCAUACCAUAUUUUUCUUUUUUUUUUGUAUCAAAUUUAACAAUAAAAAAUAAUUUCUUUAAAAAAAAAAAUAAACA